AUGCCGUCCCUCGGCAACAAACAGCAUAGCAGAUCCCUCAGCCACCCGUUUCCCUCCAUCUUCGGCGGCGGCAAGAAACCCAGACCCCACGCGCCCCCGAAUGGCGAUUUCCUCCCCGAGUCCGACCGCUACAUGCCGCCUGCGAGCUACGGCGCCAUGGGCGCCGCGAGGGGCCCACCCGUCUUUGACCGACGCGACGAGGAGACUGCCAACUGUCUGACCUGCGACUCCAAGGUCCGCUAUCCCCGCGGUCUCACAACAUUCCGCUGCUCAGCAUGUUUGAUGGUCAACGACCUGGUCCCCGUGAGCCAGGACAAGCCCGACCGCAGCCCAGGCCAACCAAAGAGACCCAUGCCCUUGACGGUGGAUCGAGCGAAGCACAUCAUAGAUCGUUGCCUGGAGACAUAUCUGCAAAACAUGGCAAACCGGGAGACGCUCGUCUUGCGCCGAUACCGAUCCGGCAGCGGGCGCAGAGCGCAAGCCGACCGAUGA